ACAAUUAAAGUAAAGAUUGGUUGUAAAGACAUGAUCAUAUAUCCUAAGAAGAAUAUAUAUUGAAAUGUAAUGUAAUGGGGAGAAUUAAGGUAGGAUGGCAUCGAGCUCCAUGUCGACGUGGACUUCGAAGCAAAACAAGCAGUUCGAGGAGGCCCUGGCGAGGUACGACAAGGACACCCCCGACCGGUGGCACAACAUCGCCCGCGCCGUCUCCGGCAAGUCCGCCGACGAAGUCCGACGGCAUUACGAGGUUCUCGAGAAAGACAUCAUGCAGAUCGAAACCGACCAGGUCCCAAUCCCUAAUUACGCUCACAGUCACAGACAAACCCACCUAAUUAAUGCCAGAGGAUCAUCAGCCUACGCCAAGACCACCAGAGGUUUCUGAAGAUCUACGUUCCACUCGUCACUCAUCAAGAAUUCACUUAAAAGAAACAUACAUAUAAUUAUAUAUAUGUGUGUGUAUCAGAGAGAGAGAAGUAAUUUGUUUCAGUACGUACUUGGUGUAUGCUUGCAAUCCGAUAACUGAGUGCUGUUAGUCGUCGAUUAGUCUGAACUGUUAUUAUUAAUUUCUCCCCACAAGAAAAAUAAAAAAAUAAUAAAAAAUAGUGAUGUGUCACAUGUCAGCUACUUGUUGUUUUAAUUAUUCGUGCAAUGUAAGUAAAUUUUAGAAUUCUUUUAA